GUGGUGUUACAAAAAAAAAUAGCAAAAAAUGGCCGCGCUGUAUGUCGUGUGUCGUGUGUCGUUGUCGGUCGUUUUGUGCUGUAUGAAUGCGUUUAGCUGUUAAAUAAAUAUGCCAAAAAUAUUUUUAUUGAGUCAUGAUACGAAUUUGACGAGCCACGAUUAGAUUACGAGCAUCAUACUUUCAUUUGCUGUAGAAUUGAAAGAAGUGCUGAUUUUGUUUCAUACUGAAUCGUGUGGCGUCGUCGUUAGAAUAAAAUCAGGUACUUAUAAAAUUAGGUAUCGAACCAGGAUUAAAACACUGACAGAUUGAUGGACAGUAUAUCUCAAUUUGAAAUAAAUAAAACGAAUUAAAAUAAUGUUAUACAUUAUAUAUCGUGGUGUACUUUUGGUGUAUUGGAAUUGUUUUUAGCGUUACUAAACACAAGUUUUAAGAGGAGAAAUCUUAGAGGAGAUAUCUUACACAUACAUUGAAUUAAAAUAUCUGGUGCUAAAAACGAUAUCAAAAUGGCACCAGUACCUUUAGAGGGUCAUCAAACUCCUGUUACCAACAAUAUACCACAGGAAGGCAAUCGUGGAGGAUCCAUUCCUUUAGCCUUGCUCAUAGAUUUCAUUAUACGUCGAACGUAUCAUGACCUUACCGUUCUUGCGGAAUUAUUACCUCGUAAAACGGAUAUGGAGCGCAAAAUCGAGAUUUACAACUUUUCUGCUCGAACGAGGCAACUGUACGUUCGUUUGUUGGCAUUGGUAAAAUGGGCGAAUAGCGCAUCCAAAGUGGAUAAAUCUACACAUAUAAUGGGAUUCUUAGAUAAGCAAUCGUUGCUUUUCGUCGAUACCGCGGACAUGUUGGCCAGAAUGGCUCGCGAAACUUUAGUACAUGCAAGACUUCCGAAUUUUCACAUUCCUGCAGCUGUAGAAGUAUUGACGACUGGGACAUAUGGCAGAUUACCAGCUUGCAUUCGAGAAAGGAUAGUGCCUCCAGAUCCUAUUACGCCUGCAGAAAAGAGAAGUACAUUACAGAGAUUGAAUCAAGUUAUUCAACAUAGAUUGGUCACAGGAAAUCUGCUUCCACAGAUGCGUAACUUGAAGAUAGAGGCAGGAAGAGUGACAUUUCUUGUUGAGCAAGAGUUUUCAGUAUCUCUUACAGUAAUGGGUGAUGGACCAACAGUUCCAUGGAGACUAUUAGAAUUAGAAAUUUUGGUUUCGGAUAGGGAGACUGGAGAUGGAAAGGCAUUGGUACAUCCUUUACAAACUCGAUAUGUGCAUCAAGUUGUUCAAUCACGAUUGGCUGAAUGUACUAAUCCAUUAUCGGAGGUGUAUCAUAUCUUGCAUUAUUUUUGUCAAUCGUUACAAUUAGAAGUUUUGUAUUCUCAAACGUUAAGACUGAUUCGGGACCGAUUAGAUGAUCAUAUUCAUGUAAACGAAUACACGCCUGGCAAAUGUCUUUCUAUAUCUUAUUGGAGAGAAUUGACGAGUAAGGAUCCACGAUCAGAACUUGGAUAUAGAUUGACUAUUCAAGUGGAUCAACACGAGCCUGCGAGGCCGCUUGCAGUUGUGCAUAUCCCAUCCUUAGGUAGUAAGGAAAGCGAGAUAGCACAUAGAGCAAUUAGGUCAGAUCAAUUAUCAAUGGAAUGUUUACUCGUGCAUACUAUCUACAUUCGAACGCGAAGUCGUUUAUCCGAAUUGAAACAGGAACUACAAACGAUGCUGAAAGAUGUCGAAUGUACCUUAGCAGGAUCUCCUGCUAUUUUAUCAGUACCUAUAUUACAACCGUGCUUACGUGCCGAGCUUCUCUUAGUUACGGUUGACACUCAUACCGGCAUGCUACAAUGUCAUGUUCCUCAAUAUGACGCACCUCUCGUCCCAGAAUUAACGACGGCCUUAAACGGGGAUCAUUCGCGUCUUCCGACGCUUAUAUCAGAAUUAAGAUUUUGGAUAACGCAGAGGCGUUGUGAGAAGACGUUGCAACAUCUACCAGCUACCUCGCACGAACGUUUGCCUGUGUUACAUCAUCCAGAUCAUCCUAUGUCUAAAAUUAGUCGGCAUCGGAUGUUUGUACAAUUACAUAGGCAUCCUACAGUUAUAUUGAUUGUCGCGUUCAAAGAGAAAGAAAGUUCACCAUGUGAAAUAGAAUGCUCCUUUUAUCUCGCUGUAGUUAAGCAUAGUUCCAUCGAAGAUGAUCCACACGAUGAUAGUAUAGAAGCGGAGAUACCGAAAAUGUAUUUGAAGGUCCAAAGCCUUAUUGAGUUUGAUACUUUUGUGAUAACGCAUGGCCCGUUUACAAGUGUCGAUAGUGGGAAUAAUGAUCAAGAUGGGGGGUGCAUUACAGAAGUGGUGGAGACGAUCAACAACAAACGUAGAAGUACCGGGAUAGGAGGCAGGACAGACGCGGCAGGAACACCGCAGAAUAGACGACCAAAGCAUCCGGCUUACUUCAUUCCGGAAUUGGCGCAUGUUGUCGCCCUAUGCGACGAGCGAAUACCAUUCGUAACUCUGGCUCAAGAACUUACUAGACGAGAAAUAGCCCAUCAAGGGCUCCAAGUUGAGACAAAUGCCACGGCGUUGGUGCUCAAACUUGUUCAAUUACCCGCGCCAUCACCAGGUAUUGCUACGAGCAGUGCUUGGCAUGCUCUUCUUAAACGACUUCUGAGUGUCUCGAUUAGAGUUCAGGGCAAGGGCAUGGCUAAAAUUUGGACGGUGGAAUUUGUAUUUUAUGGUAGUCCUCUUUCCAGCAGUCAUCCCAAAGAACAAGGUUUACGAAGACCAGUGUAUUUUCAAUAUGAAGUAGGCACAGCCGAUACCGUCUCCCGCACUGUAGAUGCCUUAUUAAAUGAUUGGGCACAGAUAGUGCAUUUGUAUUUGAUUGUUUACGAUUUCGCUGAAUAUUUCAAAAUGGAAAAGUACAACUUACGCAAUAUGGUUAACAUUAAGUCUUAUAGUUAUAGCAAACUAUUUCUUGCAUAUGGUCCAAAUCAGGGCGCAACUGUCACUGUACAGUGGAGUACAAACGAUAAGGCAUUUAAGCUCGUAUUUGGCAAAACCCCACCGACGAAUACAGUGACGAAUGCACAUUCUAUCAUGAAGGAACAGUUAGAAGCUCAUUUGAACAGACAUAUGAAUCUGGCACAAAUUAUUCACAUACUUAAUGAAACGCUCCAGCCACUCACGUCAAUCAGUAAAUUGCCAUCAAUUCCUCAGUUAUGCGUGCAUGCGGUAAGUGCACGCGUGUAUCUGUCUUUUUUCGGUUUUGAUUUACGGCUAAAUUCCUCUCUACAGAGACCACGAGUGCCGGUACAAACGUUUACUAUAAUGCCACAAUGUGUCACUUUAGUAAGGAUAGCAUAUCAAGGAAUGUAUUGUUUGGAAUUGCGUUUACGCGGCGGGGGUUUAGUAAGCUUACGCGAUGGUGCUUACAGUCGUUUCGAUAGAAGUAAUGUCGUCGAUGAGUUCACGCCUACACAGGGCCUAAAGGCGUUUCUAUCGAAAUAUGUCGACGAGAACGCGGUAUAUAGAAGAAGAUCUCAAUCAGAGGAUGAUAAUCCACCAUCACCCGUUACUAUGGAUAGCGACGGUGCUGGAGGCAACGUAGGCUUCCUAGGUCAUCACAGAAGCGGACCGCAAUCACCCGCCCAGCAACGCGAAGGUCUCAGGUUUCAUCCACCGCUCACCCCACCAUCCGGUAGUAAUCCUCAUACACCAGCCAGUCCUCAUACUACGAAUAUAUCUCAAGCAAGUCAGCAUCAAAGUUUCGGAAGCAGUCCUGCGACUUCAUUUAACUUAGCAUCUCCGCCGUCAUUACCUCCAAAUACACCUAAUAUGUUACCGCACCCAUCUCCCGGAUCAGGACUUGUUGCAAAUAGUCCUUUGAAUCCAAUGCAUGUUCCCAGUCCAGCAGGUCUUAUGCCAACGUCAUCACCUGGGCCUUGCAGUAAUGUUCAAGUGGGUCAUUCACCUGCUGGUUUCAUGCAAACAGGCCAUAUCGACGGUAGUCCUUUUCCGGCAUCUCAAAGUAUGGCCUCUCCAGCUACUUCCAAUUGGCCUGGAUCUCCGAGUGUACCGAGGCCUUCUCCUGCAAGACCCGGUCAAAGUCCGAGUCAUGCGGCAUUACAUAGCCCACAGGCUUCUGAUCAUAAAACCGGUACUCACAUAUCCAGGGUGUUACCGCAGAGAUCCUGGGCAGGAGCCGUUCCAACGCUUCUCACGCAUGAAGCCUUGGAAUUGCUAUGCUGCCCUUCACCCAAUCCCUCAGGUUUACCGGGUCCGAACAUGUCACCACUCGAGAGAUUUCUGGGCUGCGUCUACAUGCGAAGGCAGCUGCAACGCUUUAUCCAGACGGACGAUUGCUUAACUGGUAUUAACGCUGAACCCGGUAUUGUACAUUUCAAAGCCGAGAGUUUGCAAUGCAAAGUUGGAUUAAAUCCGCAACAUUUCCAAUCUCUUCACAUCAAGGUGCAACCACUUCCGGAAUAUAAAGAUCAAUGGAACUUGGAAGAAUUAUCGAUUAUCGAGAAGUUCUUUGAUUCACGAGUGGCCGCACCACCCUAUAAACACAAUACGCUGUCUGGUUUUGGAAGAUUGCUUAAUGUACGUUUCAAAGUUUUGAAAGACUUCGUGCAGAUAAUGAAGUUAGAGCUGGUUCCCAAUCUUGCGCAGCAACACCAAUUGAAAUGGUCGGUGCAGCUGUGUUUGCGUAUCCCACCUUCUGCUGGACCAAUUGUGCCUCCGGGCACGGAGGGAGUGCAUGUUUGUAGAAGUAAAAUUUUAUUCUUCUUGCAAUUAACGAGAAUAGUUAUGAAGGAAUAUCAAGGAGCAUAUACAAGUCAGUAUCAAGGAGAAAUACCGUCCUUGGUACUGCCGUUUGUAUACGAUGUCACUACAAAUUUAACGCAACUAGCGGAGAGAAGAGACCUUAGUCAACCUCCCCCGACGAUUACCGCAGCGUCCAUGCAGCUGAAGAGAUUUGCCGAGUAUGGCGCGAAUCAAUCGGAGUGCUCAUUAUUUCCUGCUGUGCGGGAUCUUCUAAUCAAUUUCACAUUACCAUCGGAACCGGUUAUGUCACAGGUUGGGCCAUCCCCCGUGGGAAAUCAAGUAGCUCCCACGCAACAGAUUCAAAACACAGCGAUGCAGAUGCACUCGCCUAUGGCUGGCGGUCAAGGUCCCCCGCAAGGACCGUACGGAAUUCAAGGCAUGCCACCGAUGGGCAUGAUGGGCGGCCCGCCUCAAUAGGACUUGCUUUACUCUCCUAAUCCCCUUUGUCUACCGAAUCAUCCAAUAUGGAUGAAUUAAAAAAUGUAAACUUCGAUUCUUAAGAGAAGGCUAUCCAUUUGCGUUCUCACUCGAAUUUGCAUCUUAUGGGGUAUCUUAGGAGAGAAAAGUGCAUUUGAUUUAAUAAAAAUAAACAUGGACAGUUGAUAAAAAAAGAAGUUACAAAAUCUUCCUGUGCGAGUGAAAAUCUACUUGCUACUUGUAAGUACACAUGCAAAAAUAAAUAUAAAAAUGUUCAAACAAAUGUAUAAAUUGUAUCAUAAAAAUUAAAUGUAUUAUAAAAAUUAAUGAUAAGUAGAAAUUUAAUAGAUAAUUGCUCUUACUGUACUUGCCAAUGCUGAUUCUUUUGUAUUUAUAUUCUAAUUCAUGUAAAGCGAUAUUUUCUAUUGAAAGUUAUACAGCUAUAGAGUACAAAUCUAUUAAGGCAAAUAUGUUUUUGUAAUGUAUAAAAGUUUAGUAUUUAAUGAGAUUUAUGACAUUGUUACAAAAUGAAAGGUAUCGUAGAUUGUGUGAAAAAACGAAUGUAAUAAAAAUAUUCAUAAGUAUAUUUCUUAGAUAUAUUUAGGAUGAGAAUUCGUAUUGUGCUUUCGAGUAUAGUAUGUGAACGAUUCUAUAUAAAAUAUAUCAGAAAUACAGUUUUUAUAUACAUAUAUAAAA